AUGCCGUCCUCCGCCAUGGAAAAGUUUCUGCGUGACUGGCGGCAGGACGCCCUCAACAAGGCGCAGCACGACUCGGCCAUCUUCAUCGGCGACAAGCUGCUCGCCAUGACCAAUGAUGACGAGGAUGCUUUUUGGCUUGCCCAAGUCCACUUUGCUACCGGCAAUUAUACUCGUGCCCACGCCUUCCUCGCCAAGCAAGACCUCAUCAACAGGAACCCGUCGUGUCGAUAUCUCGCCGGCCACUGCCUUAUCAAGCAAUCGCGGUUCGAAGAAGCUCUGACGGUCCUGGGCGAACGAAAUCCAACCCACCUCAUCGCCAAUGGCCAGAGCAACAAGCGCAAGUCGCAGCAGCGGGGCACGCGCAAACGAGACGAGGCCGCGGCGCAGGCCGACGAGGUCGAGGAGGCCAAGACGCGACGCUUCGAGGCGGCCAUGUGCUUCCUGCGCGGCAUCUGCUACGCCAAGCAAAAUGCCUUUGACCGCGCCAAGGAGUGCUACAAGGAUGCGGUGCGCAUCGAUGUUCAGUGCUUCGAGGCCUUUCAGCAGCUCAUGAAGAACUCGCUGCUCUCGCCCGACGAGGAGUGGCAGUUCCUCGACAGCCUCAACUUUGACGCCAUACAGACGGAGCCUGACAUCUCGGCCUCGCAGGAGGCGGCCGAGUUUACCAAGAUGCUGUACACGACGAGGUUGUCAAAGUAUAGAAAUCCGGCCAUAUUCCAGACCGCGUACGAUUCACUCUCGACGCAUUACAACCUGGGCGAGAACGCGGAUCUGCAGCUCGCUCGCGCGGACCAGCUGUACACGCAGUGUCGCUAUGGUGAGGCGCUCGAGGUGACCAAGAGUGUGAUUGAGGACGACAAGUACAACUUUAACAUAUACCCUGUGCACCUGGCAUGCCUAUACGAGCUGAAGAAGAAGAAUGAACUGUUUCUGGUAGCCCACGACCUGGCGGAUACGCAUCCUGAAGAACCGUGCACCUGGCUGGCGGUGGGUAUCUACUAUUUUGCGAUUGACAAGGUUGCGGAAGCACGCCGCUAUUUCAGCAAGGCGAGCAUGAUGGAUGCGCAUUUCGGCCCGGCAUGGAUCGGGUUUGCACACACAUUUGCGGCGGAAGGCGAGCAUGACCAGGCCAUCUCGGCCUACUCUACAGCAGCACGACUGUUCAUGGGCACACAUCUGCCACAAGUGUUUCUGGGCAUGCAAAACCACGCGCUCAACAACAUGGCCCUGGCAGAGGAGUUUCUCAAGACGGCCUAUGGGCUGUGCAAAAACGACCCGUUGCUGCUCAACGAACUCGGCAUUGUCCGGUACCAUCAAGACCGACUUAAAGAUGCCGCGCAGUUUUUUCGAGCAGCUCUUGACAUGGCAGGAGACAAUGGGAGCGAGCCGGCCGCAUGGAUAGCAGCAAGAACAAACUUGGCACAUUCGUAUCGACGCUUGCGUCACUUCAAGGAAGCCCUGGAGCAGUUUGACGAGGUAUUACGCAUGGGCGGCAAAGACGCCGCCAUUUUCAACGCCAAGGGUCUGAUUCUUCUCGAGCUGAACCGGCCGGAAGACGCGGCCGUGGUGCUCCACGAAGCGCUCGCAAUCAACCCCCAAGACAGCAUCGCCACCGAGCUCCUCAACAAGGCGCUGGACGAGUCUAUAGUGGACGACGCCGAGGGGGACGAGUCGGAGGGCAUGCUGCAGUUUGAGCAGCAGCUGGAACAGCGCAAGGCGGAGGCGUCGGAGAAGAUCAACGGCCGGCGGACGGGCCGUAACAUGAUGGACAAGGGAAAGGGUCGCGCGCUUGGCAUCAACAGGCGAAGGACGCUGCUAGAUGACGACGACGAUGAUGAGGCGGCGGGCACGAGCAUGAUGGACAUGACGGAUGAUGAAUAG